AUGCAGGACGCAGAGGCGCGCCGCUCUCGCCUGCGCAGCAUGCGCGAGUCCGCGGCGAAGCAGCAGGCGGCGUCCCCCGGCGCGCCCACGCCUUCCACCGCCAUCUCCGCACUCCCCUCCCCCGACUUCUCUCCGCCGCUUAUCCGCACGCAUCCGCGCGUGCGCCAUCCGGGGAAGGCGGACCUGGGGGAGGUAGAUCUGCUAGACGGCCAGCAGGAGCAGCCACCACAGGCUCGGGGAAUUUCUCACAGGCCUCAUGUACCUGAUCUACCCUACUCCCCAGCACCACGAGUGUCAAGUGCUGCCGUUUAUGACUCCCAAGGGGCCGGGCAGGGGGCAGGGCAAGGGGUAGGGCAAGGGGCAGGGCAAGGGACAGGGCAAGGGGGAGAGCAAGGGGGAGAACAAGGGGCAGAGGGGUCAGGGGAGGGGAGACCGGCCAGCGUGGACAGACAGUCAGUGAGGCAAGCGGUUGCGAGGGAGGGAGCCGUGCAAGAGGAAGUUUUUGACAAUCUUUCCAUGGUGCAGCCACUCAUCGCCGCCGCCCACAGUGCCGGGAGCAGAGGGGCCGCAGUGAGAGAGGAUUCAGGAGGAGCGGUUACCACGAACGUGGAGGAGAGGCAUGCACACAGGGGACGAGGGGGAGGUGGGGCGGGGAGAGCAGGAAGAACACAGGUGGGGAGGGGGGACACAGGGGGGUUGCUGGUGGGGACGGCGCCUCAGUGGCCGGUCGGCCGGAGGGCAAGCGAAGCAGAGGUGAGGGCACGACUGCAGGGAAGGAUCAAUAGUCUGCUUUGCAGUGUCGGCCCUGACAGGCAGGAGCAUACCACCCGACAGAUCAACGAGGUGGUUUACCAGCUCGCGAUCCAAGACCCCACUGCAAAAGAGCUCUCCGUCUCUACCGUCUCCCUCGGUGGCCCCUCCCUCGCCUACUACCUCCAUCUCGCUCCCCAGUGCUACCCGGACUUGCUACAGUGCGUCACCAGCCUUGACCUACGUAAUCUCCAGCCCGUCUCGACACAGGCCGUGAGACAGCUUCUCCGCCUGCCCUCCCUCACAGCCCUUCACUUCCACGAAACUCCGAUCCGUUCAGACGCCCUGCCGCUCUUCCAGUGCAUGUCUCGGCUCCGGCGGCUUGUCAUAGCAUGUGCUAACCCCUCCGACGUUCUCAAUCUAUCUGCCAGGCGGCAAGCCAAAUCACCCACUCCGUCUGAUCCCAUCAGCAAACCCCAGCCGUUUCAGAGCUUGAGGGAGCUACAUGUGAGUCGGGUGACAGACUCUAUUCUGCAGCAGGUGGGGGUGCUCACAAGCCUUGAGCUCCUUUCUUGCACGUACAGCAAGGAGGUGACUUGUAGGGGAUGGAUUCACCUAAGGGGAAUGCUGAACCUGAAGAGGCUGCAGCUGGUACCAACAAUCCUUAUAAAAAAAUUCGGAUCCAAUGACCACCACAGCGACUACUACCGCAUGUGCACCCGCCUUGGGCUGAAGCUAAGCUUCCCCGAAUACCGCCUGCCAAAGAUCAUCCAAACCUUCCAAAGGCCUCCCAAAAAAGGGGCUGCUGCCUCCGCAAGUGAAGACCCCAGCAACCGCAUUGAUGGGAGCAUAUGGGAGGUGGUGGGUGCCCUGCCAGGCCUGCAGCACCUGGAGCUGCACGCACCAGAGCCCAGCACCACAGCCCUGCGAUCCCUCUCCACCAUCACGCACCUCACAACCCUCCACAUCACCGGCACAGCACUUGAUGACUCUGACUUGUUGUGCUUGUUUGGGUUCUCAAUGCUCACAGACGUCAGCCUGGCUGCCUGGACGUUCGCAGCAGACCAUGCUGUGAGGACGGUGAUUCAAGGCAUGACGCACCUGAAAUCGCUGGACCUGUCGGGAACGGCCAUCAGCCAAGGCGCUGCGGUGCAUCUGCAAGCGCUAGAGCGGCUGGAGCGGUUGAAGCUGCAGCAGUGCAUCGGCAUGAGCAAGCUGUUUGUGGAGCAUCUGAGCCAGGUUCCUGCGCUGAGGGAGUUGGAUCUUGGCUGCAACAACAUGCAGCAUGCUUGGCUGCUGCCGGUUCUGGAAGGGAAGAAGGUGACUCGGCUAGGGGUAAGGGGCUGUGGGUUUGUUGCAAGAACAUUGAAAGGGCUUCAGCGUGAUUGGAUUGAGAUUGACUUGAGAUCAAAUGAGUGA